GAGGAGAGAAGACUGGAGGAAAAUUAAACUUUAUAGUAGUUGAUGUAAUUGAGUAAAAAAGUUUAAAAUAAUCUUUAAUAUACUUCAAGUUACACAUAACAAGAAGAUAUUGAGUGGAUUCUGCUUUUAUUUUGUUUGGAAAGUGUUGGAUUUGGUGCAGGCUGCAGCGAGGGGUGUCUUCGCUAUUCGGAGGGACGUUUUCAAAGAUAUCUUCUCCUUUCUCUUUGUUGGCUAUUAUAAAGCACCGAAUAACUUCUGAGGGCCUUACUUUGGUGUACAGACUUAUUAGCACACUCAGAAUGGAAUUCGUAAAGUCAAAGAUACUAGGUCUAAUCCUAGCCAUUUUAGGUUGGAUCGGGGCCAUCGUGUCCUGUGCUUUACCCAUGUGGAAGAUCACCACUAACAUCCAGUCACAGACUGGAACACAGCAUACCAUAUGGGAGGGAAUCUGGAAGAGAUGUGAGGGAAGCCCUGGACAGAUGCAGUGUGAAAUCUACGACUCCAUGACCCUCAGCUCGGACCUGCAGGCGGCCCGGCCUCUGUGCAUCGUCGUUAUCGUGAUGGGAGUGCUCGGAAUUUUCUUCUUCAUCGUGGGCGCCAUGUGCUGUGAUCAAGUUAUGAUCGUCUCUGGCGGCACCUUCAUUUGCGCUGCCAUUUUGCUUUUGAUCCCCGUGUGCUGGGCGACUUACAGUAGCAUCAAGCAUUUCUUCCCUGCCAUCAAUUCUGAAUAUAUCGAGAUUCGGAAGAUAGGUGCAUCUCUGUAUUUGGGAUGGGCGUCCACUGCUCUUCUGUUUAGUGGAGGGAGCAUUCUGGGCUGCAACUGCCUCCCAACUUCGGUUUUAAAGGAUUGUGUGAACGGCUUAUUGUAAUAAGCUACCUAAUUUGUGAGAACAUACACUAAGGUGACCAGAUUUUUUAAUGAAAACCGGCGACACAACCUUUUUUGAACGUUUUCUUCAUUUUUUUUCUUGUGGGUUCACUUUCUUAGUAUUUUUGUAUUGUUUUCAGUACAAAUAUCUAAAAAAUGUUGAAUCAAGAUGCGUUUUCAUGAUAAACAAAUUCACCUAAGAAAAAAAUAUAGCUUUUAGACAAAAAUAUAAAAUUUAAGAGAAUUUGUGCUUAAAACAAGAAAAAAAAAUCUGCCAAUGGGGUUUUGGUUUAAAAACUAGACAUAUUGUGUGUGUUCGACUUCAUCCGGUGCUGCGCAGACCGAUCGGUGGCUGACUUGAAGCAGUGUAUUCCGGUUAGUAAUUUUGUCCGAUUUCAGCUGGCUCUGCAGGCACGUGACUGUGUCAUAUGGUUUUAAAGUACCAAAAGAGCGUUUCGAGAGUAGCCGGCUAGCUCAGCCGGUGCAGCUUCUCCAGAGCGGCUUUCCCGUUAUUUUCGGGUAUACAGUAUAAGCAGCAAUUAAAAUAUUCGAUAUAAAAUGUUUCUGGUUGCAACUUUCUAUUAAAAGGUUUGUUUUUAUCAAAUUCAGCAUCUAAUUCACUUCAUUCGUGAUUAAAAACAAGGAAACACGGCGCACACGUCACUACGGCAAGCAGCAGGCGUCUUCAGUUCCUCCCUCGACUGCAAGCGGCAAACCUCGCCGAUCGGUCUGCGCAGCGCCGGAUGAUCUCGAACACACCUAUGAUCUUGGGUCAUUUUGCUCAUGAAAAAAAAAUGCAUCCUGAUUUAAGAUUUUUUAUAUAUUUGUACUGAAAACAAGACAAAAAUAAUAAGUAAGAAAGUCUAAAGUUUCUAAUUCAAUUUAUUGAACAAUUAGCCUAUUUUUUAUGCAAUGCACAGAUAUGGCAUACCCCAUUAAGGUUACUUCUAAGGUGAUUAUAUAGCAUUUUAAAAGUGAAGAACAGAAGCAAUAAUGCAAAAUGUAAACAUAUUUACACAAAACAAAUGCUCAGUAACAUUGGUUUAUUACUUUUAUUUAAAAUGAGUAGUAAUACCUUAUCCACCGAUAACUUUGAACCUUUUCAAAUCUUAUGAUAACUUAAAGGGACACUUCACCCAUUUGCAUUAAGCUUUGUAUAGUUAGAACUCCAGUCAUGUUUUUGAAUGGUCAUGCAUCAUUUCCUCAGUUGCCGCUUAGACAGGAGAAAUACAGAUUUCAGUGUUUCACUUCCUUCUUUCAAUGAUGUAAAAAUCAUCAUUUUGCAUCAUUGAAAGAAGGAAGUGCAAUGUCUUUGUUGAGGGAGUGAGACUACAAACACCCCUUUUCUCGGUCAAAUAGGUACCAAAUUCUAAAUGUAUGUUACAUUUCGACUACAAAUAUGACACACUUUCAAUAAAGAUUAAUGUUUCUACGGGUGAAAUGCUCCUUUAAUCAACCUGAUGACGCUUUCUCAUGUGUUGUAGUAAAUUCUUCAUCGCUAAAGCAGUGACGCACAACCUAUAUGUGCGCAACCAAGUAAUUAGUGUAGCUCGCAGCCCCCUCUGCUGGUGAGAAUAAUCAUUACAAGAAUGUUCCAGUCUGGGACUCCAAAGGCUAAGCAUUGAAAGGGUUUUUUAACUGUAUUAAACGGUUGUUUUGGACGUGCUGUAAAACAGGGACAUUUCCGGGGACAGCUCCAGUCGGGGACAAAACACACACACACACACACAAAACGGGACAGUCCCUGGAAAACGGGGACGUCUGGUCACCUUAACAUACACUUUUUUUAAAAGGAUAGUUCACCCAAAAAUAAAAAUUCUGUCAUAAUUUACUCACCCUCAUAUUGUUACAAACCUGUAGAAAUGUAUUUGUUCUG